CUUGUGCUCUCAAUGGCUUUCCGGACUUCUUUUAUUUGAAUGCCUGGACUUUUUUAUCAUUUCGCCCAGAGAAACCAAUAAUGGAUAUCCUAUGGAUUUUAUGGAUACUACCCACGGCAUUGGCUGUUGAAGAAACAUUGAUGGACUCCACCACGGCGACAGCUGAGCUGGGCUGGACCGUUUAUCCCACGUCGGGGUCAAAUGACAACAGCUGGGAGGAGGUGAGCGGCUACGACGAGGGCAUGAACACCAUCCGCACCUACCAGGUGUGCAAUGUCUUCGAGAGCAACCAGAACAACUGGGUGCGCACCAAGUACAUCCGCCGGCGCGGCGCCCAGCGCAUCCACGUGGAGAUGAAGUUCUCGGUGCGCGACUGCAGCAGCAUCCCCGGCGUGCCGGGCUCCUGCAAGGAGACCUUCAACCUCUACUACUACGAGGCUGACGCCGACUCGGCCACCAAGUCCUCGCCGCCCUGGAUGGAGAACCCCUGGAUCAAGGUGGACACCAUCGCCGCCGACGAGAGCUUCUCCCAGGUGGACCUGGGCGGCCGGGUCAUGAAGAUCAACACGGAGAUCCGCAGCUUCGGCCCCGUGUCCCGCAACGGCUUCUACCUGGCCUUCCAGGACUACGGCGGCUGCAUGUCGCUCAUCGCCGUGCGCGUCUACUACCGCAAGUGUCCCGCCGUGGUUCGCAACGGGGCCAUGUUCGGGGAGACGCUGGCCGGGGCGGAGAGCACCUCGCUGGUGCUGGCCAGGGGCGUGUGCAUCCCCAACGGCGAGGAGGUGGACGUGCCCAUCAAGCUGUACUGCAACGGAGACGGGGAGUGGAUGGUGCCCAUCGGGAGGUGCAUGUGCAAGGCCGGGCACGAACCCGAGGACAACGGCACCGUCUGCAAAGCGUGCCAGGCGGGCUUCUUCAAGCCGUCCCAGGGUGACGAGUCCUGCAUCCAGUGCCCCAUAAACAGCCGUACCACCAGCGAGGGCGCCAUGAACUGUGUGUGCCGCAAUGGCUACUACCGCGCAGACUCUGACCCGCUCAAGAUGCCCUGCACCACCAUCCCGUCCGCUCCGCAGGCCGUCAUCUCCAGCGUGAACGAGACGUCGCUGGUGCUGGAGUGGCGUACGCCGCGCGAGUCCGGCGGCCGCGAGGACGUGGUCUACAACAUCAUCUGCAAGAGCUGCGGCGGCGGCGGCGGAGGGGGCCGCGGAGGCUGCACGCGCUGCGGCGACAACGUCCAGUACUCGCCGCGCCAGCUGGGCCUCACCGAGACGCGGGUGCACAUCAGCGACCUGCUGGCCCACACCCAGUACACCUUCGAGGUGCAGGCCGUCAACGGCGUGUCGGACCAGAGCCCGUACUCGCCGCAGUACGCCUCCGUCAACAUCACCACCAACCAGGCCGCCCCGUCUGCGGUGUCCAUCAUGCACCAGGUCAGCCGUACGGUGGACAGCAUCACUCUCUCCUGGUCCCAGCCGGACCAGCCCAACGGGGUCAUCCUGGACUACGAACUGCAGUACUACGACAAGGAGCUGUCCGAGGUGAAUUCCACGGUGGUGCGCAGCAUGACCAACACAGCCACCAUCCGUGGCCUGAAGUCGGGAGCCAUUUACGUCUUCCAGGUGCGCGCUCGCACCGUGGCCGGCUUCGGACGAUACAGCGGCAAGAUCUACUACCAGACCAUGACCGAAGCGGAGUACAACAGCAGUAUCCAGGAGAAGCUUCCUCUGAUCGUGGGCUCUGCUGCAGCUGGCCUCGUCUUCCUCAUCGCCGUGGUCGUCAUCAUCAUCGUCUGUAACCGUCGCGGCUUUGAGAGAGCGGACUCAGAGUACACGGACAAGCUACAGCAUUAUACCAGCGGCCACAUGACUCCAGGAAUGAAGAUCUACAUCGAUCCGUUCACGUACGAGGACCCCAACGAGGCGGUGCGGGAGUUCGCCAAGGAGAUCGACAUCUCUUGCGUCAAGAUCGAGCAGGUCAUCGGCGCCGGUGAGUUUGGGGAGGUGUGCAGUGGCAACCUGAGGCUCCCGGGCAAGAGGGAGAUGUUUGUGGCCAUCAAGACCCUCAAGACGGGCUACACGGAGAAGCAGAGGCGGGACUUCCUGUCCGAGGCCAGCAUCAUGGGCCAAUUCGACCACCCCAACGUCAUUCACCUGGAGGGCGUGGUCACCAAGAGCAGCCCCGUCAUGAUCAUCACCGAGUUCAUGGAGAACGGCUCGCUGGACUCCUUCCUCAGGCAAAACGACGGGCAGUUCACGGUGAUCCAGCUGGUGGGCAUGCUGCGUGGCAUCGCGUCGGGCAUGAAGUACCUGGCCGACAUGAACUACGUGCACCGCGACCUGGCCGCGCGCAACAUCCUGGUCAACAGCAACCUGGUCUGCAAGGUCUCCGACUUCGGCCUGUCCCGCUUCCUGGAGGACGACACGUCCGACCCCACCUACACCAGCGCCCUGGGGGGUAAGAUCCCCAUCAGAUGGACCGCCCCCGAGGCCAUCCAAUACAGGAAGUUCACCUCCGCCAGCGACGUGUGGAGCUACGGCAUCGUCAUGUGGGAAGUGAUGUCAUACGGAGAGAGGCCCUACUGGGACAUGACCAAUCAGGACGUGAUCAACGCCAUCGAGCAGGACUACCGGCUGCCGCCCCCUAUGGACUGCCCCAGUGCCCUGCACCAGCUCAUGCUGGACAACUGGCAGAAGGACCGCAACAACCGACCCAAGUUCAGCCAGAUCGUCAACAACCUGGACAAGAUGAUCCGCAACCCCAACAGCCUCAAGGCCAUGACCCCGCUCUCCUCAGGUGUUCACCUCCCGCUGCUGGACCGCAGUGUGCCCGACUUCUCCAGUUUCAGCACGGUGGAUGAGUGGCUGGACGCCAUCAAGAUGGGCCAGUACAAAGACAACUUUGCCAACGCAAGCUUCAACACCUUCGACGUGGUCUCCCAGAUGACCAUGGAUGACAUUCUGCGAGUAGGAGUGACGCUAGCCGGGCACCAGAAGAAGAUCUUGAACAGCGUGCAGAUGAUGCGGGCGCAGAUGAACCAGAUCCAAUCAGUGGAGGUCUGACCGGCCCUCCAACCAACCAACCAUCAGCCAAGCCCACAGGACGCCCCGCCCCUCCCACUACUGGAUUGGUUGGGGCUGGGUUGAGUGGGUGUUACCGCCUUUUGUCACGCUGGAUAAAGAAGAUUAAAAAAAGCAAUCCUCCCCUAUCUCUUCAGAAGACCCUGCUCUAUUGUGGAACUUCUGGCAUUGCCCCCCCCCCUUUUGCUCCUAGACCCCAUGCCAAUUUUGUCCUGGAAGUAAUUUCUCUGCAAUUUAACUUAACCCAGUGUUUAUUGGCACAGCCAGCAAGAAUAUUUUCUUUUUUUCUUUUGCAACCUUCACCCAAACGAGAAGAAAACCCAUUUUAAACUGUUGUCUAUUUCCCUUUCCCUAUAGAUUGCUUUCUCCCCAUUUACUUUUUAUUCCCCUCAAUCAAUUUUUGUACAAAUUUUUGUAUUGAACAUGAGAAGAAGAAAAAAAGCUUACCAGAACCUGAUGAAUCUAUAUGAAUUGAUAUAGAUGGUGUAAAAUUGUAAAGUAGGUGGACUGAAUCAAAAGGCUUCCCUUCAAAAGGGCAAAAGGACUUAAAUGGUGGAAGGACAAGGGGCUUGAGAGAUUGAGGAACGGGUGGGUGAAACAUCAACCCCCUCCUUGAGAACAAGUUUUGAAGACUUGCAAUACUAGGCUAUAUUUUAUGGUGAAGAUAAAACAAGAAGUAGCUGUGGGACUGUGUAGGCUACCUCCUGUGUGUGUGGUAGUAUAGGGGAGGAGGCAGAGGUGAUAAGGAGAUCCCCCGUCGCCUCCUUCACUUGCUCUAGUGUAGGCACAGGAGGAGCAAGCAGUGAUGUACCACGGAACGAAACACGGGCAGAAUCCACUGCCACAGAAGAAUAUCGCAGGAACCAUUUGCUAAUGUCUACAGGGGAACCUCACAUGAACAAAAAAAAAAAAUAUGACAACAAAUCAACAGAACACAGUAAAUAAAACAAAAAACCACAAAACAACAACUACAACAAAAAAGUAACAAGUCUUUGUCCUAACAGUCAUCAACGUCAAUACAGUGUUGAAUUUUAUGAUGAUUUUCAAUUCUUCCUUUCACCACGGACGGAGGAGUUGGGAAACCAACAAACAAACAAACAAACAAACACACAAAAAAAAUAGAGAAUAUCAUCUUUGUACGAAGAACAUGCAUCGCAACCUGCCAAAUAGAACCCUCCUGUUGUACCUCAGAUGCCAUCCUUAUGACAUAUCAGAUGACAUUGCCGUGUCCUUGGGAACCUGAAGUACUCUGGAAUCCUCACUCACAGGUGCUUUCCAUUCAGGAUUUUGUUGGACUUGAUGCACUUCUUCAUUGAUAAGCAGUGCUGUCUGGAGGUCAUAGUCAUUAUGGAUAUGUCUAUUUUUUUUUUCCUUCCUACAUUUUUUUUUUCCUGAAAUGUUAGUCGUGGACCUUGAUUUUUUUUUUUUACAGUAUCAUAACAGGCAUCACAAAUGCUUCCACUGCAAAUGCAUAGAGAUAUGAGAAAGAAAAAAAAAAUAGAAGCUGUUUUUGGGUGUUCUCUUCCUGAAUUGUUUACAUAGAAGGACCCUGAGUGCACAUAUGCUUUGAUAUUCACAUUUAGGCUUCCCUCUUGUUUUUUUGUUGUUUUUUUUUUCAAAGUUGUUGCGUGUUUGCGUGUUUGCGUGCGUGGGGAGAGAAGGAUAAAAAGAAAGAGAGAUAGAGAGAGAGAGAGAGAGAGAGAGAGAGAGUGCAUACAGUAUGUGCUUUGAAAUGUAUGCAUCUAUGCUUGCUUCGGUGUGAUUGUGAGCAUGACAACACGACAAGUGACUUCACCUGGAGGUUGGGUUUGAUGAUACACUUUAUAGAUCACUGUGUUGGUGUGUGCUGAACCUUUUUAAAAUGUUUUUCUUUUCCUUCCUUUGUCUUUAUUUUCAACAAAGCAUUUGGGUUUUUGUUCUAAAAGAAGUGUAAAAGAGUCAUUCAGUACUGGGCAGAAAUGUGAAGAGUGGAUGUGUAUUAUUAUAAUUAUUAUUAUUAAUGAACAUUAUUAUUAUUAUUAUUACAUAGUGCUGUGGGGAGUUUGUGGGCACUAUGAAAAGUUCUACUAGAGAGGAGAGCCUUUGGUACUGGGUUGAGUUUCUCAAAAGAGAAGUUGCUAGCCUGUUAGCAACUUCGGUAGUUGCCAAUGGGAAAAUGCAUUGAAAACAACAAAGUAGCUAAUGUAGUAAGCAACUUUGGUUUCGAGAAAUCCACCCCUGGUGUGAUUUGGAAGGACUUUGGCCUUUGUAGGCCCCUGACUGAAGAAGAAGACGCAAACACUAUCGCAGCAACAAUCGAGUUCCCAAGAGCACUUAUUAUAUUGUUCCUCAUAACACAUCCAUACUUCAUUUCUUCCACUCAAAACACAUGUAGUAUACAUGGACUGGUCGCCAUCACAGAUCUACAUAUGGCGACAAAAUCAAUGAAUUUGUAAAUAGCCCUUCAGAAAUGUUCAGAAAAAAAAAAAAAACGUUUUCUUUUUUUUAGGUGAUAAGUGUUGGAUUUUAGUGUACAGAUUUUGUUAAAAACAUUAAGAGAGAUCUGUUAAAUGACAAGAGGCUAACUUUGGGGUUGCACGAAUAACACGGGAGAGAGACAAUGUUGUAGGCUACUAUUUCACUAUAUCAUUUACAUUUCAUGGAGCAAAAGAUAGGUGACCAGCAUGUCAAGAAGGAAAUAGACGAGAGCACUGUUGUAAUAGAACACAUAGCACUGUGACAAUGUAACUAGCAACAAAUGUAAAGUUACCAGAUGUUCCUGAAGACAACUGAUGCAUUCAAGUUCAGGUGUUAGCUUUACGGAACAUGUAGCCUAGCCUCUGGUAUGUAGCAAUGCAUCUGUAAAGUGGUAGUAAGACUUCAUCAAGACUGAAUAUACUGUAUGUAAUUCAUCACAAUUCACAAGAACAACCUUUGUUCAUUUUCAUUGAUAAGGUGGCUGGUGAGAAAACGAAAAGAAAGAAAUCAAACUUACAGCUGGUAGUCGACAUCAUUUUGUCAACCAUUGUAGCUCGCUUCCAAACUCAUACUGCGUCUCAUACAGCGUCAUAGUAGCCCUUCAUAUGUAUGAAGGCGGAGUUAUCACACAUCUCACCAAAUUCCAAAAUGGCAACAAGCCUGGAAAAAAAACAAAAAAAAAACAGAAAGUCAGAAGAAGUUUAAUAUUAUUUUCACACAGGUGCUUGGUAUUCAUUAGGAAGUACACAGUUAUGCUUUUUGGUAGCCGACUUGUCUUUCUCCUACAUUGUUCGUGUAUCUCUGGAGUCGGUGUUAUAAAGAGGGGUGUGUUUGGUACUGGGCUGCAGCAGUGCCCCCCUAUAGGUUUGGGUUUUUGAGAGGCACACAAGAGGGAGUCCGCAUUUCAAAACGUAUGAAUUGCCUGCGAUUCCUGCUGCGCUUUAUUCUCACGGGUGUGAGCAAGAACAGUGGGAUGUGUGUGUGUGUGUGUGUGUGUGUGUGUGUGUGUCUGUGUUGAUGUGUGUGUGUGUGUGAGUGUGUGUUUUUGUGUCAGGGGAGGGAGGACUGUUAGCUCUUUGUCUUUUUUUGUUCACAGUUGUUCCUGUCUUUCCCUCCCUGCUCUCGUUUUAAUCUGUGUCUUGCCGUUUCCCACAGGGGCCCAGUCAUCCUCGUUGCUGAAAUGGCAUAGCCAUAACCUCUCUCUCACACACACACACACACACACUCACAAAGAUAUUAAUGAUUUCAGUGUCGUUGCGAUGGCAGGCAAGUCCUCCACAUACAGGACAGUUCUGAGGCGUGUGUUGUGUAGACAGUAGACACUCUGCGCCUCCAACACAAGUGGCGGAACAAUUGCACAUAGCACCCCAAGGCAAGACACUUAUAGGGCCCUCCAUACAACUUGCCAUGGUCACAAUAGGGCCCCCACC